CCCACUCUUUUCAACCUCUAGAUAUUGAAAUCAAGAAAAGGACUCCUGCGUUUCUGUUCUUCACACGCGAACGAGCUGAAACCAAGAGUAGCUAACAAUAUUUCUGGAGAAGCCAUUCAUCUCUUAAAAUGUUGAAGUCAGCUUUAGCUUGUCAACCGUUGGCACACUAUUCCGAUUUCGAUACAACUUCAGAAAGUGGCCUGUCUGAUUUAUCCUAUGUUCAUCCUUACCGUCCCAAGAAAUGUUUUGCAAAGAAUAAAACAGUAAAAGCUAAUCCCGGUGAAAUUAGACUUGGAGCAAGAGCUAUGCGAAGAUAUGAAAAUGAAGUAUACUUGAAUACACUGGCUGUAAUUACAGAGACGGAUGGAGAUACUAUUGAUGAUUGGCCGGACAGUUUGAAUUAUUGCUCAGCAUUUACUAAAUUGUUUGAAGAUGAAAAUAUUCGGGAAGUAUGGGAGAAAUUUAUCCAACUCUCUGAAAGGGAACAAGAAAAGCUACUCAAAUCACUUCGUAUAGAAAGUGACGGUGACGGUGACGAUGAUGAUGAAGAAGACGGUGGUAUUAGUGAUUACGACGAAGUUGCAAAUGAUGAUAUGGUCUGUACUUUUACACCACCUCAGACUUUAUCUAAACGUAGUACGAAGCAUCGUUGUCGACGAGGAGAUAAACGUGGAAAAAUGAAUAAGAAUGCCAUGAAUUUAUUGGAGGCUGAUCUUGCACUGAAUGAAUCUUCAAAAUCUGAAGAAAAUACUGACAAUUUAGACGCUAAUACUCUUUCCAAUGAAUGUCGUCUAGAGAUUGAACAACAUAUUCCUACUCGUCUACUAUCCUUAUUAUCAAAUUCACCGAAUUCACAUCAUUCAAAAAGCAAUCGAAAACGUGUUAAACGUGCUCUUACUCCUAUUGAUAUUUGUUUGUUAAAAAGAGUAGAAUUAGAGUUAAGACAACAUUUUUUUCAAAGAGAACAAGUGAAUAGUAUUGCAAAACGUUGGACUCCAUCAUUAUCGUUAAUAUCAUCUCAGUCAAUAGAAUCUUCAAGUAACAGUAAUAAUAGCAAUACUACUAGCAAUCGUGUAACACACUCUAAUUUGCUAUGCCUUGAUUCAUUUCAAAGAUUGUUAGUUCAUUCAAUAGCUACCUAUUUGGGACUGAGUUCAUAUAGUACUUGGUCUAACUCAUUAGGUGAACGUCAAUUAUGGGUAGAACAAGUACCGGAAAGACAUUAUUGUCAACCGCCAAAACAACAUUUUGUUACGCUAAUUCAACACAAAAGACAACUGCUGGAUUUUAGUCAGUCUUAUUCACCUAGCAUGGGAGACCUAUGAUUUGAUUAUGUGACCGGAACGCAUCUGGUUUUGUGGUGAGAGCUGGCUGUUAGAUAAAAUUGGUGGACAGUAAUUUGCGUCAGUGUUUAUGUCCCCAAUAUAGAUCGUGAGAAAAAUGAGAACAAAGGCUUUGCGUAAGCGGAUACAAUUAGCAGAUAGAUGAUCUGACAUUCAAGAAACAGUCACAAAUGGAUGCAAGGUUACCACCUUUCUGUGAGAAACAACCAAUUAGAAGACUGUGUUUUUCUGCUAACAAUAAUCUAUAAUAAUGUACAUGAAAAUAUAUAAAUAUGUGUUGAUUUCCAUAAUAAUUGAUCUGUUGCCUGGCCGUUGUCUUCUGUUGUUACAGUUUGUAUAGCUGCUUAACGGCAUAGUUGAGGGAAUUUUUGAGUCUUUUACUUUAUUAUUGUUGAAUAGAACCACAUAGAUGUUAUGACGUAUAACCGUAUUUUAGCUGUCUUUGUGUGUGUGUUUCAAGUAACUUUUGAUCAGCUAUACAGUAAGUUGCGAGAAUCGGUUCGCUGGUUUCAGACCACAACAAGUCGAUUUGGGUUGUUGCAGAGGUGAAACCUGUUCUAGGUAACGACAAAGCGACUAAAUCAACUUAAAAUUGUAUAAGAAGAGUGGAUAAUAUUAAUAAUAGUAACCUGCUUUAUUCCAAAAACAGUACUUAUAAUACAGAAUGGAAUUCUCUGCAUUUGUCACAAUAUUGCAUCUAAUUUACUCAAAAUAUAAAUAAAAUUAAAAAUUUUAAUAAAAGUAACCAGAGGAAUUUGUUCACAUUUAUGGUAUAAAGUCAAAAAUAUUCGAAGCACGAAUUGAAAAUAUUAAUUUUAAUAAUAACAAUAACAGUGAGUUCGUUUCAAACCGUAUUGUCGACUCAGUUUGGAAAUUUUAGCAUGUUAUAGAUUAUUGAAUCUAAUGUUCUGUUGAUGUAGUAUAGUGAGGGGAAAUACAAAAUUAACAGUUAUUCACACAGCUUAGAUGAUGUUCACACCUAUGAAAAAUAAAUAAAUAAAGACAAAAAUUGAGAGAGAAGAAACAUUGGCACAGAAUAAUCUGGAUCCAUUUUAUUUCGUUGGUUCUCAUCAGCUGCAUACAACCUUAAUUUUUUAAUAAAAAUAAACAGUGUACAAUUUUUAACAAACCUUUGUCCAUUAGCAAGCAUAGUGUCAGAGCGUCAUGGUGAAAUAAGGUGUUGAGAUUUACAGGGUGUCUAAAGUGUUACGACAUAUAUAUGUAUAUAUCUUGUUAGAGAGAAGUUUCUUGAAAAAAUGUUAACAAUCCACAACAAUUAGGGAUAUCAUUGGUGAUAAUAAUCACCAUUGUCUGACUCCUAUGUUCACUCUAAACGCCUCGCUGAGUUUUCCGUUGUGGA